AUGGGACCCUCGCUAGCCCCGCUCAUCUCAGCAGUCCGAGUGGAGCUGGCGAUGAUCGCAACUCGAUCGAAUCCGCUUGCUCCACCACGUCCUUCGAGCGCAGCCGCCUACGCAACUGCAACAGGCUUCGGAAUCUCGAGGCUUGAAAUUAAAUGUUGGAAGCAGAGAAAGAAGAGAGGGAAUUACCGCGGCACUCUUUUCUUUCGCGAAAAUACAGGAACCCAAAUGUCGACAAUAAGUGUUUCGACUGCAUCAACAGAGCAGACUACCGUUCAAUCUGCUCAUCCUAAUGUUGAGAAUCAAUCGGCAAACACAUCAAUGACAUCUGAAAAGAGUGACAGCUCUCGUCCAUCUCUUCAUUAUCCAACUGUCUGCGUACAAGUCCCUCGUGCUCCUGCAUCACAACUUUCGUCACCUCCUAGUGGAGUUUCAUAUGCAGUUCCAUUUCCAAAACCGAUUCAAUACUCCGCUGCACAAUUACAUUACGAGAAUAUGAAACAUCGUUGUAAGAUGUUAGACGCAGAAAAUCAACGCUUAAUGCGUGUACAAAACGAGCUGAUAUCGGACGCUAACCGGAGAGUUGAGAUGCACGUGAAUGAAAUCAGAAUGUUGAAGGAGGACAAUAAAAAAUUAACCGCGACUAACAAGGAACUCCGAGAUCUUUGCUGUUAUCUUGAUGAUGACCGUCAAAAAACCCGCCGCUUGGCUAGAGAAUGGCAAAAAUUUGGAAGAUAUUCGAGCCAAGUCAUGAAGCAGGAAAUGUCGAUUUAUCAACAACGUUUACGAGAAGUUGAGGAGCGCCACAAUGAGGUGCUUCGAGAAAAUGAGGAGUUGAAGCAGUUGUGCCUUUAUCUUGACGAGCAGCGACAACGAUAUGCGGUAUAUCAUGGUGAGGACGACAAGGAGAGCGAAGACUUGGGAUGCGGAAGCAGUGAGAGGAGUGAGGAAUGUGAUGAUUCCAAGGAAGUUUGCGACACGUCUAUAAAUCAACAGAAGGAACUGGCACUGCGGAUGAUUUGUCAGCGGGUGGACACAGCUGGUGCGACCUCUCAACUGUCAUCACUCGAUCAGACCGCCGAAACAGAACGUCUCGUCAACUACAUUCAAUCAUUAGAAGCGAGAAUAAAACAGCUUGAAAGGGCAAGUCAACAAAAUGGUUUGUGGCACUCUGCUUGCACAUUGGUUUCUGAAAAUGAUGAGAAGACAAUCAUCGACAGAUGCGACGAAUUAUACAAUGACACUAUUCCGGAGAAAAUUACACCGCUUAAUAAUAAAACAAUGCAAAUUUCUUCUUGCAGCACUAUGACCAAUUCGGGAACAACGUAUGCAAGUUCGGAAACCGAUAUGGAAAGUGCUGUUUUUGUAAUGGGCGACGAAGUUGAUGAGAUUGGAGCGUUAGAAGUGCGAUCAUUGACAAGGAUUGAGGAAGACGGUGAGGACAAAGAAAAACCACUGGAUGAUGUAGAGGAACAGAGUGCUCAACUACCACCAGCCAUUGCUCCACUUAGCGAAAGCCUUCUAAACGUUGGCCGUCUAUCAUUGACCAGCUCCGAACUUUCCUUAUCCCUAAACGAAUCAACUGAAGAUUUGCGACCUCGGUCUUUGUCUUCAAAAAGUGCACCAUUGACAUCAUCCCGUAUGCCUCGAAUCACAUGGAAGAAUUCAUUAUUCCGGAAACCAUUCAAUAGGAACGAGAAAGGACGAGAAAACAAUGAUUCAAGCCAAAUAUCAAUUGAUCGAAAACUGCCUCUCCCAUGCACGAACACAAACAGAUGUGGAAUCACUGCUGUUUAA